CUUCCGGUGAAUGCCUUCACAAUGGACACAGCCAAACACAACCUGUCAAAAUUCAUUGACACCUGAGGGUCGGGCGCCUGUUUAUACAUUUAUAUGUUGUGCAUAAUAGUUAUGUCCCUCGCCUAUGGUUCACAUUAGUAAUAAAUAUGGUGGACGUGAACGGAUUACCGCCUUUACCGAAAUGCUUUUCGGAGACAGAAAUAACACAUUUGGAUAGUCAACCUGAACAAGAAGAAUCUACUCAACGAAAUCUAAACGUUCAAAAUGUGGUAAAUGGACAAAAUGUAGUAAAUGGAGACGUUCAUGAAUCUGAAAAACAGGAUUAUACGAAAGUGAAUGGGACUGCUAAUGACUCAGAAGUUGAGGAGAAACCACGGUCCCCUUAUUCGAGAUUGAACCAUGCCCUGUCAAAACUAAGGGAGGAAAUGGCGGGGUUACGGAGAUUAGAUGUAUCGCUGUUGACACAGUUAUGGUCCCUGAAUGAUGCCAUUCAUGAGUACAAGUCGGCAAUUCAAGGGGGCUUCUCAGAAACCAACUCCGAAUACUCUUGGGGAAUGAACAGUCGUACAAGUUCAAUGUGUAGUAUCGACGAAUGUGAUGACUGGACUGAAGAGAUGCAAAUGAAAUUAGAGCAUGGCCACAUAGGGAACUCCCUACAUAGUAGCACCUCUAGCCUUCUCCAACAGAUCAAUGAACUGAAGGAGAGAGCUGAAUCAGAGUUUUAGGAACAAUAUGCUGCUAUAUACACCAUGUUGAUGUCAAAUGGAGCUUUUAUGAAGUCCCAGUUCUUUAAAAGAUUUUCUUUUGAAAGAAAUACAGUUGAAAGAAAUUAGAACAGUAUUAGAACCGAAAGCUUUAUAGUUUAUUGUGUAGCUUUGAGGGAUCUUGGCAUUUUUGGUAUUGAAUUGAUGUUUUGUUUUUAUGAAAUGGCCGUUAUUAAUGUUUGAUGAUUUAUGUUGUCUUGACACUAACUGGCUUCCAUGGAGCCUUAAUUUCUUCAGGCAUUGAAAGAACAUGACACCUUAAUUUUCAGUAAAUUGUAUAUUUUUAAUAAUUUUAGAUAAUGUUUACUAUCUUCUUAGUACAAUGCAUACCUCUUCUCCUGUGGUAUCGAGGCAACUUGUAUUUAUGAAAAGAAAAAAGUUGCCAAUAAAGCAUUUAUUAUCUGCGUGAUAUUGAAGAAUUUAUAAGGGUUUAAGGGUUGGAUGGAACAAUAGUGUCUCAGGAGUGUUUUAUUGUUGUGGGCAUUGUCAAAUUUCACUGGAUUAGUGACGAGGCAUUGGGCUGUGGUGUAUAUAUGGGUAGUUAAUAUAAUUAUCUUGUACGUUGUAAUAUGCACUUGUUGAAACAUUAAUACUGUACACACACUACUUAUACAUUUAUAAAUGCUAGUCACAAUUAUAUAACUGAUGAAUAAUUAGCAGAAUUUAAUAUAUUUUUUUUUAUAUACAUUUGAUUUGAAUUUGUGUUGUUUUUCUUAGAUGUUUUUAUGUAAUGUUGAGUGUAGUGUAAUCUUAACAGCAAUUGUGUUUUCAAAAUUUUGACAGCAUUGUCAAACAAAGUUUGGUAAUAUUGAAUAGCAUUAGGAUCAUACAUAUAAUUGUGCUCUGUUUUCCUUCAUAGCAAUUUUGUUUUUUGUCAUUCUUUGGGAUUUUAAAUCUACUGUGAAGUAUAUAACAUUUUCUGUCUUUACAUAAUACAAAAAGGACCAAGGAUCAGACUUAGUGCUUAGAAAGUACAGCUAGUAUUUAGAGGAGUAUAAGGAACCAUGACAGAUCAUUCAUAGCAUCACAGAACUCAUAGAUGAGCAUGUAUAGUUUGUAUUUACAAGUAGGUCCUUACAAUACUGUAAGGUGCUUUAUUAGACAGAACAACCAGGGUUCCUUCUUUGAUCUCAAAAGAUUUUGUUUUCAUUUAGUUAGGGUCUAAGAUUAAAAAGAUAUAUAGUGUUAAAAUAAGCAAAAAAUCAUGAAUGUAAGUACAUGUAUAUCUUGUACUACUUAUGGCAAACAUCUGCCUGAUCUUAUGCAAUGUUAUAUAAAUAUUGUGAUUGCAUUUAGUGUCAGAAAGUUUAUAUUCUGAGAUUUGUCAAUCUAUUUGUGUAGAGGAAUGCUUUUAUUUUAUACACCUGUUUUAUUUAUAGCACUAACGCAUUUCAAUUGAAAUUUAUACAACGAUAUAAAAAUAUAAAUGUAUACACAACUUGGGUAACAGAAUAUUUAUAGAUUGUAUAUUGCAUUUAUUUACGAUAUAGUUGAUAUUGACAGGCAGUACCAUUUUGGCAUUAGUUAUUUAGUCUGACUUGGUUGUAUCAUAGAACCAUCUCUCCAUUUUAUUUGUAUGGUUGUUAGUCACUCAGUAUCAAAGAUACAUGUUUAAAUUCCACUUUAAGGUUGUGUCAUUAGACGCUUUAUCUGACAUAACAACCAUAGGUCUACAUUAAUAAGAUUGAGUUUUGUUUAACUUAAAUUCAAUAUUGAUUGUACCAUGCUAGUUCUUAAAAAAAAAUUAUUAUUAAACUUUAUAGGUUAUUUUCUAAAAUAUUUUGUUUCAUCUUGCAAAAGUGAAAUCUGAACUGAUUGGAAAUUUUGGACACCUUACUCUACAUUUUUCAUCCUGUUGGUUUCAUUUGUUGUGAAUUUUACUAAAAUUCUAAUAUUUUCCCACGGAAAACAAAAUGAAAGUGUUAAAUCAUAAACUCCGACAGUGUGGUUGUAUUAACAACAGAACUUGGGGAUUUUCAAUUACUGAAGUUGAAAAAAAAAAUCAUUUUGAAUUUACUUGUUAAACUUGCUUCAUAAAAGAACGAAGUGCCUUAAUGAAUACAUUACUUAUGUGAUAUUGUUAAUAAAUAACACUAAAAAAGU